AUGGAACAGUGGAAUCACACAGUUUCACCCAUCACACACUUCAUCUUGGCAGGAAUUCCAGGGAUUCAAGACAGAAAAGCACGAACUUUGCUUUUUGUGAUUUUCCUUGCAAUAUACACAAUCACGAUUAUAGAAAACGCUAUCUUGGUUAUUGUAAUAACCUUUGACAAGGCCCUCCACUCCCCGAUGUACCUGUUUAUCUGUAACCUGGCCCUCCUGGACCUUCUCAUUCCUUCAGUUACCAUCCCAGAGGUGCUCUACUAUUUAAUAACAGAUGACAAGUCAAUUGCUUUUGGCCCAUGUGUUAUGCAGAUGGCCUUCCACCUCACCUUUUUAGUAACAGAAAGUUUAUCCUUGGUUGCCAUGGCGUAUGAUCGUUACCAGGCCAUAUGCAAUGCAUUGCUUUAUCCCACUGUCAUGACUACCAAGCAUGUCUUUACAUUAUGUGUUUUUUGUUGGACAAUAGGUAUGAUAGGGGCUGUGAUAAGUGCAUACUUUGUACUUACUGCAUUUUUCUGUGGACCAAACAAGAUUGAAUUUUUUUCCUGUGAUUUUUCAACUGUCAUAUUAUUGGCAUGUAAUGAUGUCACACUCCAGAGACAAUACAACAGCAUCCUGUCUGUAGUCAUUAUCUCUUUUCAGCUGUUUUUUAUCCUGUUUUCCUAUGGAAAGAUAAUUGCUACAGUACUGAGAAUCAGUUCUGCUGAGGGUCAGUGGAAAGCCUUUUCCACCUGUGCCAGCCAUCUUCUUGUUAUAAGUGUCUUCUAUUUGGUUAUGGCUUUUGUCUUAGUGUCUUAUUCAUUACCAGGGUUUUCUGAACAACUUCGUACUUUGGCAACUAUGUUGCAUAACAUACUCCCUCCUCUGGUCAAUCCAGUCAUUUACUGUUUAAAAACAAAGGAAAUCAGGAUAAGUAUUGUAAAGAUGCUCAUGAAAUUCUCAAUAGGACAGCUCACUAAUGUUAUGAAAGUAAAAUAA